AAACAAAACGUAGAAAGGAGUCUAAAAUACAAUUCCCAGAAUGCGUAUUGGCACAUCAACCAAUAAGAAUCGUGCUGCAACCAGACGUUUGGUUUUUAGCCAAUAAAAUACAAGAAAGCUGAGCGAUUAUAGGAAGACUCGCAACAUAUAUUCUGUCCGGCAGUCUAAUGAAAGCUGAUACUUUUGAGCAACCUCACUGUUAUUUUUACGGUGAUAAAACUUCUGUCAGUCCCGUUUUUUGUCUCCGGUUGUGGCGUGCUCCUUGUUGACGUUCAUGACGGUUGCUGACGGUGUUUCCUUAGCGCUCAUCAUGCCUGUCCGAGCAGAGUGCCACUGUCUAGCCGGUGCGGCCUGUCCAUCCUCGGCCUGUCUUGUUCCCCCUGCGCCUAUCAACACCCAGCAGCCCGGGGUGGCCACCUCUCUGCUCUACAGCGGCGCUCAGUAUCGGGGUUAUCAGAGGAGCAAAGGGAACUCGUAUGAUGUCGAAGUUGUUCUGCAGCAUGUGACGAUGGACGACUCAUAUUUGUGUGGAUACCUGAAGAUCAAAGGCCUGACUGAGUUGGAAAACAGUGAUUACAUCUUCAUGAGGUGGAAGGAGCAGUUUCUUGUUCCAGACCACACGAUCAAAGACAUCAGCGGCGCCUCCUUCGCUGGCUUCUACUACAUCUGCUUCCAGAAGUCCACAGCCACCAUUGAGGGCUACUAUUACCACAGGAGCUCAGAGUGGUACCAAUCACUAAGUCUGAAUCAUGUUCAGGAGCGUAGUAUGCCUAUUUAUGAAUUUCGGUGAUAUGAAGAAACUCUUUGUCAAAAGACGGCUAGUACCGCCCUGGAGCUAAUUGGAACGUGACGCCACAACACCGAUGGAUAACCAGUUUUCCUCUCUGGGAGGAAGCUAACAAGUGGCCAGGUGCUCAUUUCCUGAUUUGCAAAUAGGAAAGCACGGAUUGAAGAAGAGCUGGACAAAAGAUCGAUGAGGCACGAACAGUCCAGACUGAGCGGCUGACGAGAAAAAAAAAAAAGACAAUUUGUUUCUUGUUUGGCUUUUUUACUACUGUUAUUCUUUGCCAUCAAGUGUUUUUUGGGGGGUUUUUUGCACUCUGUGUUAUUGAACAUCACGAUAGAUCACAAUAGAUUCUUUAUUAUGGAGACACGUUGCACUUUUAGUGGAGGUUUGCAAAGGAAAAGGCUAAUUUUGUUCAGCGAUGGAAAUCUUAUAUUUAAUAGAAAAUAUGUUUAAUUACCCAUAGUGAUUUAUUUGGUGGUUUGUGACUAAAGGAUUCUAUGAUAACUGAGAUGGGUUUAUUUUAUGCAAGAUGACGAAUGAUUUUGAUAAGAGAAUKUUUAGUUGAAGUGAAACAGCUGAACGGGUACCAGCUGGAUCAGAACGGGUCGGCGAUAAUCCUGGUUUCCUCCCACGGUUUUAUAUGCAAGCCAAAGAACUUGAGUGGAAAGGUUUUUCCCUUGCCUCUUAAAUGUUUUAAUUUAUUAUAAUUCAAACUGCUGCUUUAUUUUACACCAGAAGGUGUUAAUGAUUUGUCAAGUAAAUAAAAUAUUUCUGAAGUUUUCUAGGUUUUGGGGGUAAGGACAAGAAAACGUUUGGUGACUUAUCUUCUGGGAGUUUUAGGGUUUAUUUAAAAAAACAACAAAAAAAACGGUGAAGGUAGUAAGGAAGUGACAAGUAGAAACCUAAUAUCUUAUUUUUUAAAAAUUCUGUUGCCUUACACCUGUAAAGCUUUUCUCUUUAAAGAUGCAGUUUUCCGGGAUAAUUUAGUGCAAAUGUUUGGAAAAUAUCCUUUCGUCGUCUUGUUGGAGUCCUUUAAAUUUUCCUGACCCAGGAUGAUGUAAAAGCCAAAUUGCGUUUGGCCUUGGUAGCUUCCAAUUUUACAGCUGGGUUAAAGAAAGUUUCUUUCAAAGCAGUGCAAUGAAAUGCAUAAACGCAAUCAGAAAAUGUUUCUUUUUUCUUUUUAAAUUUAUUUAUUAUGAACCAUGUAACAAAACAAACUUGUGCAAUGGAAUCAAGCAAAUGUCUAGGAGAGUAUCUCAAAGAGGGUGUUUCUAAUUUGACGAAAAUGUUGAGCUUUGUGAACAUUGAAGUUGAAUAAACUAUUUUAUACAAA